AUGACUUUAACACCUGUGAAGAGAGCUUCAGCGAAGCCAUCAAGCAGUGGCAAGAUGAAGCAACUGUCGCUAAUGUCGUUCUUUAAGCCCCAACAAGCUAAGAGUGCUACCAUCGCCGGCAUUGCGAAGUCUUCGCCAAUGAAGAAUGAUAGUGAUAAGGAUGACGACUCGUCGAGGAUCCAUUCGACUCCUCUUACCUCAGAUACCGAGAGUACUAUACUGUCGACUCAGAAGAUGAGCUUCGAAUCCUCACCUUUGAAGAGCAAGCAGCCUAGUAAGAGCAGCGGUAAAGAUAUCAAGGAUAUUGAAGAGGAGAAGAAUGCCCCCCAGGAGGGCAGUAUGCUUCAAUCAUCACCUGUAAGCAAAAGAAAUGUGUCAGCUAUAGAUAUGGGGACUGAACUGGAAAUAACACCUGUAGUGAAACGUAGAGCCGCUUCGAAGUCAGUGAGCUAUAUCGAAUCAGACUCUGAAGAUGAAAGCGUCAAAGUAAAUGUAAAAAAGAGAAAAAUCAUAGAAAGUGAUGAUGACGAAGAAGAUGAAUUCAAGAUCCAAGAUGAGGAGGAAGAUGAUGAUGAUGAUAUGAGCGAUUUCAUAGUACCAGACGAAGAUGAAUCGGAUGCUAAGAGUGAAGAGGAUGAUGACACGGAAAUAGUGAAAUUUAAACCUAAGAGAAAGUCGUCUCCAUCUACGAAACCAAAAACUAACACAUCGGACAGGAGAUCAAGUAGAGAAGAAGCGACGGGAGGCGCUCUUGGAGCCAAGUUCAACUCUAAUUCUACUCAUGUCCCAGACUCUAUUAAGACAGCUUCUAAGCCUGUUUCCAAGGCUUCUAUGACCAGUCCGUUAGCUAAGAGAAACUUCAACAAGGAAAAUGAGGAAAGAUAUCAAUGGCUUGUCAACAUUAAGGACGCAAACAAGAAAUCAGUAGACGAUCCGGACUAUGAUUCUAGAACUUUAUACGUCCCAUCCUCGGCUUGGGCCAAGUUUACCAAUUUUGAGAAGCAAUAUUGGGAAAUCAAGUCUAAAAUGUGGGAUACAGUUGUUUUCUUCAAGAAGGGUAAGUUUUAUGAGUUGUAUGAAAAUGAUGCAAUUAUCGCAAACACCAAGUUUGAUUUGAAAAUUGCAGGAGGUGGUAGGGCCAAUAUGAAAUUGGCUGGUAUUCCGGAAAUGUCCUUCGAGUAUUGGGCAAAGGAGUUUGUUAGUAAUGGAUACAAAGUGGCUAAAGUCGAUCAGGUUGAAACCUUAUUAGCUAAGGAGAUGAGAGGUAACACGAAAGAAGAGAAAAUCAUCAAAAGAGAAUUGACCUCUGUCUUAACUGGAGGAACCUUAACAGAUUUAAAUAUGAUUACUGAUGAUAUGGCAAUCUACUGUUUAAGUAUAAAACAGGAUGGGAAAAAGUUGGGAUUAGCAUUUGUCGAUACAUCCACUUCAGAAUUACAAAUGAUUGAAAUUGAAGAGGAUGACAUAGAUGAAUGCAACAAAUUGGACACAAUAAUCACUCAAAUUAAACCCAAAGAAAUUAUAUGUGAAAAGAAUAAUUUGAGUUCAAUUCCUAUGAAGAUUUUAAAACAUUCAUCUAGUGGAAUCAUUUGGAAUUACUUGAAUCCCGAAACUGAAUUUUGGGACUACGAUACUACCUUGGAAGAACUAGUCAAAAGUAAAUAUUAUGAAGCUACUGAUUUAGACGACUACACCAAUUACCCCAAAAUCCUUUUGCAAUUUAAAGACGAAUAUAAGGUCGGUUUCAAUGCUUUUGGAGGAUUGUUACAUUAUCUCAAAAAUUUGAAGUUAGAUGAAAGUAUAAUGACUUUAGGUAACAUUCAUCAAUAUGACGAGCAAAAGACAACAAGUACUACAAAUUUGCUUCUUGAUGGAAUAACCUUGUCAAACUUAGAAAUCUUGAACAAUUCUUUUGAUGGAACUGACAAAGGUACAUUGUUUAAGCUAAUGAAUCGUGCUAUUACACCAUUUGGGAAGAGAAUGUUGAAGACAUGGAUUUUAAAUCCUUUAUACCAAGUGGAACACAUUAAUUCUAGGUACGACUCAGUAGAAUUUUUGAUGAAUAAUGGUGAAUUUAGAGACGUCUUGGAAAGAGGCUUGGGUGAUUUACCAGAUUUGGAAAGAUUGAUUGCUAGAGUACAUGGGAAGACUUUAAGAUUCAAAGACUUCUUGAAAGUGGUAGAAGGUUUUGAAAGAAUUGAGAAAUUAAUCUUGACAGCAAAAGUAUUCGAUUUGAAGGGUGCAGGAGUUUUGGAGACUUAUAUUGAUCGUUUCCCAAGAGACUUAUCUGAAUGUAUCAAUGAUUGGUCCGAUGCAUUCUGUAGAGAUAAUGCAUUGAAUGAUAUUAUAGUACCAGAAAGUGGAAUUGAUGCUGAGUUCGAUGAUUCACAAGCAAAAAUGAACAACUUGGAGAAAAAAUUGGGUGAAUACUUGAAACAAUACAAGAAGGAAUAUAAGUCACACGAAAUUUGCUUUAGAGAUUCAGGUAAAGAAAUCUUCUUGAUUGAAAUGCCAACAAAAGUUAAGAAUAUUCCUAAAGAUUGGCAGCAAAUGGGAUCAACCUCAAAGGUUAAGAGGUUUUGGUCACCAGAAGUCAAGAAAUUGGUAAGAUCCUUGAUGGAACAAAGAGAACUACACAAGAUGUUAUGCGAAGGUUUGAGAUUCAGGAUGUACGAGAAAUUUGACAAAAACUAUGACGUUUGGAUCAGUACCAUCAAGAAACUAGCCCAAUUAGAUUGCUUGGUCGCACUUACAAGAACAUCGGAAUCUAUUGGCUACCCUUCAUGUAGGCCAGAAUUUGAUCAACAAGAAGCUGGAAAUGCAUCGCUUGACUUUAAGGAAUUGAGGCACCCAUGUUUUGUUGGUGAUAACUUUGUUCCUAAUGAUGUCAAGUUAGGAGGAGGAUCUGCUUCAAUUGGGUUAUUAACUGGUGCAAAUGCAGCCGGAAAAUCGACCUUGAUGAGAACUACUGGUCUUGCAGUAAUUCUCAGUCAAAUUGGUUGUUUGGUUCCUGCCGAACUGGCCAAGUUAACUCCAAUUGAUAAGAUCAUGACCAGAUUGGGUGCCAAUGACAAUAUUAUGCAAGGUAAAUCAACAUUCUUUGUUGAAUUAUCCGAGACAAAGAAAAUCCUUGACAAUGCAACUCCAAAUUCAUUGGUUAUUCUUGAUGAAUUGGGACGUGGAGGUUCGUCAAGUGAUGGUUAUGCAAUUGCAGAAUCUGUGUUGUACCAUUUAAGUACCCACAUCCAAUCAUUAGGGUUUUUUGCAACCCAUUAUGGGACAUUGGGACUCUCCUUUAAGACACAUCCAAAAAUCAUGCCAUUAAGAAUGGCUAUUAUUGCUGAUAGCGCAGGAUCGAGAAAUAUCACCUUUUUGUACAAGCUAGAAGAAGGUUCCGCUUCUGGUUCUUUUGGUAUGAAUGUUGCUUCCAUGUGCGGAAUACAAGAAGAUAUCGUAAUGAAGGCAGAAAUAGCAGCUAAAGAAUAUGAACACACUUCGAAAUUGAAAAAAUUGACUGAAAUUGUUUUACACAGUGGAGAAGAUGGAAGCUCAAUGAACUUAAGCCUCGGAUUACAGAGUGAUUUUAGUUGGGUAGUAAACAAUUACGAAGAGUUGACCAAGAGUGUGUCAGUAUCGAAUGAAAAAGUUCAGCACAAUGCAAUUUCUACGAUUUUUAAGAUGAUUGACUCUCUUUAA